UAUUAUAGUGCUCCAAUGCCUUUUUUAAUUGGUGUUCCAUCUAUAACAAUCUCGCAGGUUGAUCUGUCUGACCUGGAGGGAGUAGUGUUCUUGGAUGCUGAUACUAACGAUAUCAACACCCCUUUUGAUGACUUACAAAAAUUGCCUGGUGAAGUUGUUGCUUUGUUAAAAAAGAACUUGAAAAAUCCCAACGCCAUGUUAGGGGAUGGCAUUCCUCGUGCAUUUCUACAUGCUACAGUCCAGUUAAUUGGAGGUUAUAGAGAUGCACUGAGAUUAAAACUAGGAGAGAAAAUUAGUUUUGAUCCAGAAAAAUUUAUCCAGUCUCGGUCUUCGUCAAUGCAGAAGUUGUUGGAAAAAAUAUUGAACCUUCAGUUAUUCCAACAGUUUAUUGAAGGACGACUUGAGUUGCUAAAUUGCGGGAAAGGGUUUCGUGAUGAGUUUGAAUUUGAAGUUAACAGUUACGAGGAUAAGAGCAACAGUGGACUAACAACCCAAUACAAGGAGUGGUUACAUACUAUGAAGAAAGGAAGUAGUACAUUCUUGAAAAGUGUGAAAAGUAAGUUCAAGGAUAGAAGCAAGCAAGCCUAUAAAGAUGUCAGACUAAAAGCUAAUGACAAGAAGCAACAGGUAUUGUAAGAAUAUCUUUAUCACACUUUCUUGUUUUCGAAUUAUUUAAAAUAUUUGUUUUAAUAAAAGUUUUUAAAAUUUUG